AAUGAUGGUUACGCCGCGCGUGGGUGGGAUGGCCGUGGGCAGGCUGUCUCUGCGUCGGCUUCAAGCAGCCUUCGGUUCCAUGGCUCAGCACCCACUCGAGGGCGCGCCCUCCUCCCGGGGGCCGCCCGCGGGGCGCGGACCCCGAAGGCUCUCCAUCGAAGGCAACAUUGCUGUGGGAAAGUCCACCUUUGUGAAGUUGCUCACCAGAACUUACCCCGAGUGGCAUGUAACUACAGAACCUGUAGCAACAUGGCAGAAUGUCCAGGCUGCUGGCACCCAACACGCCUGCGCUGCCCAAAGUCUCGGAAACUUACUGGACAUGAUGUACCAGGAGCCAGCACGAUGGUCCUAUACAUUCCAGACAUAUUCCUUUAUGAGCCGUCUGAAAGUACACCUGGAGCCCUUGCCUAAGAAACUCUUACAGGCCAAGAGGCCAGUGCAGGUCUUUGAGAGGUCUGUGUACAGUGACAGGUAUAUCUUUGCAAAGAAUCUUUUUGAAAAUGGUUCCAUCAGUGACAUCGAAUGGCAUAUCUAUCAGGACUGGCAUUCGUUUCUCCUGCGGGAGUUUGCCAGCCGGCUCACAUUACAUGGCUUCAUCUACCUUCAAGCUACUCCCCAGGUUUGUUUGCAGAGACUGUGCCACAGAGGCAGGGAGGAAGAGAAAGGAAUUGAACUGGCCUAUCUUGAGCAGCUUCACAGUCAACAUGAAGCGUGGUUUAUUCACAGGACAACCAAGCUGCACUUUGAGUCUCUGCAAAGCAUUCCAGUGCUGGUGUUAGAUGUCAAUGAUGAUUUUUCUGAAGACUUAACUAAGCAAGAAGAACUCAUGAGAAAGGUAAAUAGCUUUAUAAAGAAUCUGUAAUGAAAACCAACAUUAGCUCUGUGAUCUGGACACUAUGAUCUUCUAAAGCUAGAGAAAUAUUGCGUCUCCCUUCCACCUACCUUUGCAUCCCCAGCGCCUUUUACCCUCAAGCACUCUGACGUGCAGGAGACAGCUUCUGUUGCCUUUGGUUUUACCGUUGCGUCUUUUAUAUCUCAAGGACUUUGACAAUAAAGUUUUUUUCCCUCUU